UUAUCCUUUUGUUUUGUCUCUCUCAAGCAUCCUAGAGCAACAAUCUUUGCUUCAUUUUCUCAUAUUUAGAUAGAUACCCUACUGGACUGCCAGUGCCACUGAGCCAAGCCCAGUAAAAAGGUCCAACAAUGGACUUGUCGACCAUCUUUGCUUUCUUCUUUGGUGCUCUACUGCUGGUGCUCAGAACGACCAUAGCUUUUGAUUCUUGUGCUUCUUCCAAAUCCAAACCUGAUAACGCAGACCUCUCUCUCAUUCCCAUCUACGGCAAAUGCUCACCCUUCACGCCCCCAAUCCCGAAGCCUUCCUCCUCCUACUCAUGGGCCAACACGGUAAGCAACAUGGCCUCCAAGGACCAGGAAAGGCUCACCUAUUUGUCAAGCCUGGUGGCCCAAAAGACAGUGAUCAAGGUCCCAAUUGCCUCGGGCCAACACGUCCUUAACAUCGGCAACUAUGUCGCCCAGGUCAAGCUGGGGACUCCGGGCCAGCUCAUGUUCAUGGUCCUCGAUACCAGCAACGAUGCUGCAUGGGUCCCUUGCAGCGGCUGCACCGGGUGCUCCUCGUCCACUGCUGUGUUUGCCCCGAACACUUCUUCAACUUACCAGUCAUUGCUCUGCUCCAUGCCCGAGUGCACUCAAGCCAGCGGGCUCUCUUGCCCGGCCGUCGGUUCGAGCCCCUGCCUAUUCAACCAAUCAUAUGGCGGCGAUUCUUCGUUCUCAGCCACACUCUCCCGUGAUUCUCUAACCCUAGCCACCGAUGUCAUUCCGAAUUUUGCUUUCGGAUGCAUCAACACGAUCUCGGGCGGGUCAGUUCCGCCCCAGGGGUUACUGGGUCUGGGCCGUGGAGCCAUGUCGGUAAUGUCACAAUGCGGGUCACACUACUCGGGUGUCUUUUCGUAUUGUUUACCAAGUUUCAAAUCGUACUACUUCUCCGGAUCGUUGAGACUGGGACCCGUCGGUCAACCAAAGACCAUCCGCACCACCCCGCUUCUACGCAACCCUCAUCGCCCAUCUCUGUACUACGUUAACCUAACCGGAAUAAGAGUGGGGCGGGUCAAUGUCCCCGUACCCUCGGAGCUCCUAGCUUUCGAUCCCAACAGCGGAGCCGGGACCAUAAUCGACUCGGGUACGGUUAUCACCCGAUUCGUUGAGCCCAUCUAUAACGCGAUCAGAGACGAGUUCAGGAAACAGGUGAAAGGGCCAUUCACGUCGCUGGGGGCAUUCGACACGUGCUUUUCUGGGGGGAAUGAAGACAUAGCGCCGGCGAUUACCUUCCACUUCACGGGAAUGGACUUGAUGUUGCCCAUGGAGAAUUCGCUUAUCCACAGCAGCGCAGGAUCACUGGCCUGCUUGGCCAUGGCGGCGGCGCCAAACAACGUGAACUCGGUGUUGAAUGUGAUCGCCAAUUUGCAGCAGCAAAACCUCCGAAUUCUGUUUGACACUGCAAACUCGCGCGUGGGGAUUGGUCGUGAGCUCUGUAACUAAGGGCGGGGCAACUCUUAUCUCUCGCUCUCGCUCUCGCUCGCUCUCUCUAUAUGUGGUGGUGGUGGUGGUGGUGUUGAAUAUUAAUUAAUUAAUUGUAAAAGAGUAGUUUGUAUUGUGCGAAGAAUAAAAACUAUAUAUGUUGAAGAUUGUAAUGCAUGGAGUAUGGUUUCGGCAAUGUAUAAAUUGACAAUCAGCCUGUAAUUAAGCCUAUUUAUUACUUAACUAGGAGUUCUUCAAUGCCAUGCCCAGUUUUUCUCCUAAA